AUGGCCACCGCAGAGAAAACGAAAGAGCAGCAAAAGCAGCCAACCCUCCAGCAAGACGAUAACUCGGAUGACUACUCAGACGAUUACUCCGAUGAAGACUACGAAACUGACGACUACGAGGUCUCCGGCGAUGAAGCAGAAGCAGAGGAUCCCAAGGCUCAGGCGAAACGUCGUCAGCGCCAACAACAACAACAACGAAGCAGACAACCAGACGCCGUAGAAGAAGCAGAUGACGAGGACUACUCCGACGAAGAUGACUUUUAUUCUGAUGAGUAUGAUGACGACGAUGAAGACUACGAUAACCAAGUCGCCUCCGGCAAGGCAAUGCAGCCAUACCAACCCGCCGGCGGCAACCAAUCCCUCUCCCAGAACGGGUCGAUGAACGUGAUACCACAAGAGAAGCAGGGGUCGAGUCUGGACGACGAAGAAGGCAUGAAGCUCAAGCUGGAGCUGAAUCUCGAGAUCGAGGUCGAGCUCAAGGCUCAUAUCCAUGGUGAUCUGACGCUGGCUUUGAUGAGUUGA